CCGGCACCACCUCCAUCUCUCUCCGUUUCCCGACGAAACGAUUGCUUUGUUCCCCGAACCAGAAACCGUACAAGAUCCGAUGAAGCUUCGCCGGCCGCCGGAGCUACGAUCUCCGGCCCUAUCCGUCGUCGUCUUCCACCCCCCCCUACGUCGGCCGCAUCGGAGGAUCAAUGGAGGCGGAAUUCGAUGCCGGAGAUAGGAACAGAAAUCAGAACCGAAAGGAAACUGCCUUGCCUUGGCUGUGUGGCUUUCUGGCUGGUGGAGGUGGUGGUGGGGGUAACUGGUGAUCGAUUCGGAGUUUCAGACCGCUCUGCUCCGUACUGUAUCACUUGUCUUGACAAC